AUGGAUUCACGGAAAGUCAAGUUACAGAAUUAUGCUGAACCCGAUUUGGAAGGAUUUGCUAAACCCAGAGAGCUCGAUGACCACAGCAAGCUUAAUGCUUUCGUCUCUGGACCGUCCAAAAAAUCAAAGUACGUGAAAGAAAAAGAAGCUGCAGAAGCCAAGAAAAAGGAAGAAGAAGAACUCGCAGCAAAAGCCUACGAAGACUUUGUGGCUGUCUUCGAUUCUAACGAUCGGUCGGGCAGUGGUCGAGGUAAAUCUGGCUCCGGUCAAAGUAAAGUUGCUCAGGGGAAGACUUUUGUCAGAGCAGGUGCAUCUGGUGGCCCAGCGGCUUUGUACAAUCCUAUAGUGGAAAAGGCCGAGAAGGCUGCUACCAGUACUUCCGAACGACCUCAACACUCUAAGUUGACUUUCUUCGAAAAUGAAGAUGUCCGUUUGCAACUUGACAAGAGUCAUAGGGCCUUAUUCUUCUCGCCCUCAAUCGGCAAGGGUCACUUCAAUUUUAUGGAAACUCAAAUCCCUGUAAACUUUUACUAUGAGGACAGGAAAGACGCUGAAAGAGAAGGGAGACUAGGUGCGAAGGCCAGCAAGGAUCCUCGUGGGAUGAGUAUCACAGCUUUGGCUGCAUUGGAAACUGCCCCUUACUUAUCUGGCGGUUCAAGAGAUACUGGCGACCCCUUGACCACAAACGUUCACGUCGGGAACUUGCCUGGCACUAUCUCCGAACAAACUCUGGGGGCAUUUUGCGUGAAGUGGGGUCCGAUCGUUUCUCUAAAAAUUAUGUGGCCACGCAGCGGUAGCGAUAAUAUCGGUGGUGCUGGAUAUGGUAUGGUUGCUAUGCGUCAGACUAAAUCAGGUGGCCUCAAUGGUUUUGUCUCCUACAUGAGGCGAUCCGAUGCUGAAAGAGCAUGUCGCGAAUUGGACGGUUUCGAUUGGGGUGGCAAUAUCUUACGUACAGGGUGGGGUAAAGCGAUGCCUAUGCCACCUGGUCAUAAAGCACAAUUCGAGUUACCGAGAGAAUCUCGUAUGACAUCGCGAUCACCAUCACCCAAACGCCGCCGAUAUGCGAAGUCUUCGCCUAAUCGCGACUCCCGUCGCCGAAGAAGAUCCCGCAGUACCUCAUCGCCCGAUUCCCGUGAUUAUGACCGACACCGUCGCUCUCGAUCUCGCUCAGAUGAGGACAGGGGUCGAUCAUCGAAACGCAGAAGGCAGUAUGACUCCCGGUCCCGUUCGCGAUCAAUGUCUCGAUCUCGAUCAGUCUCAUAUGAUCGUUCCAGGUCACGUUCGAGAUCUUAUCGUUCACGCACUAGGUCCAGAUCGCGUAACUACAAGGAUAACCGUAUUUGGCCAAAACUACCUAAUGGAGAAGAAGAAGAAAAAUUUAUCACAACAGUGGCUAAAAAGGUUCUCGAGCAUGGAGAACGAUUCGAAAGAACGUUGAGAGAAAGAGAAAAGUCAAACCCCAAGUUCAAUUUUCUCAUCGAAAGUGAUGCCCCAGCCCAUCAUUAUUUCAGAAUGCUUAUAGAUCGCCAUUAUCGUCCACCAUCUCCCCCUCCGCCCACAUUCGCCGAUGAGGGUUACGCUUCUAUCUACUCUACGGAUUCAGCUGAAGACUCAGAAAAUGAACGGUUGCCUAAGGGUAAACUGGGGAAAUAUAGCCGCAAACGAUUUCAAGCUAUGCUUAGGAGCGUCACUCCACAGCGAGAAAGGAUUGCAAGAUGUAUGGCAUUUGCAUUGCAUCAUGCCGAUGCAGCUGAUGAAGUGGCGGAAAUAUUAGUCCAAUCUUUAACAAUUGAUAUGACACCCAUUCCACGCAAGCUAGCACGACUCUAUGUAAUCUCCGACAUCCUACACAACAGUUCAAAUUCUUUACCUAACGCGUGGAAGUAUCGACAAGUAUUAGAGAAACUGUUGCCAGAUGUAUUUGAUCAUCUUAAUUUGAUCUAUAGAUCAUUUCCAGGUCGAAUUAAAGCGGAAACGUUCAAAAAACAAAUCACAGUCAUUGUGAAUGUAUGGAGUUCAUUUAUGGUGUUCAGCCAAACUUCAAUUGAUGAUUUUAAUAUCAGGUUGGUGAAGAUGGAUGAAGAAGAGAUUGAUGGGGACGGAAUCUACACUGGACCAGAAGGAGAUGAUGUGGAUGGGAUGGUAGUUGAAGAGUGGAAUGAUGAGAAUCCUGAAAUAGAUGGUGAAUUAGGAGGCAACGAUGUAACCACUCGAUCUAAUACAGGGUUUGCACCUGCUUUCAAACCAGCGGUAAUGGAGAAAAGCUCUUCAACUUCACAAAAUGAAUCUGAAACAGGUCCUGUGAAACUUUCAGGCGCAAUCAAGUUGCUAUGA